AUGGAGACUCCGGUGGAAUCUUUCGAGAGACUGCGGCAGGCAUUGAACGUGCUGAAGGACCACCAUUACGACCCCUGGAACUGGCAUGAAUACCUGGCCGACGAGCCGGAAGAAGACGCAGAGGAGGAGGAGGACGAGGAGGAGGCAGACCUAGAGAUGCUGGCCCUCAAGCCGAAGCGCCGCAAGAACAUCGAGAAGCUGAAGGCUCACCUCCUGACAGUCGUGCAGGAGCUGAACCGCGCUGGCCAUGCAGCAGACCUGGCGUAUUACUACAUGUCCGUUCAGCCCGAGCUCAUGAAGGAUUGUGUGGUGAUCAUGGGCGUGGCUGGGGACAUCGACGAGGAUCUCCUGAUGGACAGCGGCGAUGCAUCUCCGGAGAAGAUCAUGGCGGCUCUUCAAGCCAAGCUGGAUGCAGCGCACGAGCGCAUCGAGGAGCUCACCGACGAGGUGAACGACCUCAAGAAGCGCCUCAAGCAGAAGACGGAGGAAAGCGAGGACAGAUGGGGGAACUGGCAGAGAUCAAAGAUGCAGGGCGAAGAAGCCAUUCAGAGACUGGACGAGACAACAAGGUCUCUGAUGAUGGUCCUGGAAAGAGAAGGCAAGCUGGCGGCCGCCUACAACGACCUCUACGCCCGCCACAACCGGGCGCGGAAGCUCAUGAUCUACAAGGGCACGCACCUGAUGAGGGAUAGGCUGCUUCUCCAAAACAAGAAGGAAAACCUCUUCUACGGGUUCCAGGGCUUCGUGACGGUCCUCCAGCAGGAGAAGGAGGAACGAAUCCGACGAGAGCUCGAAGAAAUGCGGGACUCCGUUGAGUUUGCUCUCCGGAACGAAGUUCGCUUCCUUGUCUCCGAGAACUCGCUUUGCAAUUCCUCUGCCCGUCGCCUGGCCGAGGAAGCCAACCGCCUGAAGCUCGAUCGCCGGGCACUGGCAAAAAGGCUGCUUCACAAACAGCGCCCCUACGAGCGGCUGGAGUAUGUUCUCUGGGCCUGGGAGCUCUGGCAGUCCAUGAGGGCCGAGGUGCGUCUGGAGAAGUCUCUGGAGCGGGAGAAGGCCACUGUGGCUGCCGUCAACCAGCAGUUUACCUGGACAUCCCGCCAGAUGGUGCCCUUGAUGGACUUCAUGGACCAACUCAGGAUGGACGUGGUGAAGGAGCAGAUGCAGGGCGACAUCGUCCGAAGGGAGCUGGUUGCUGCCAGUGCGAAGCAGUUUGCAGCCUUGGUCGACCAGCUGCGGUUGCAGCGCGCGCAGGAGCUUGACAUGCUCCAGCGGCUGCGCCACCUCGAGAACGAGGCGAAGGACGAGCGCAUCGCCGUGCUGGAGCGGGAAAUCGCCGAGGACAAGCACAUUCACGCCUUGAAGGGCAUGAUCGUGGACCUCGAGACGAACCUCCGGAGAGCCCUCGACCGCCGGAAGCAGCGCAGUUAUGUCGUGCCGCCCGCCAAUGGUCCUCGAUGUGUACAGUGUGGACGGGAGACAUCCUUCCGUGGUUGGAAGCUGCCGCCGGAUGGCCUCACGCGAAGCGCCUCGGAGGUCGACCUCUCUCGCUCCAACGCCUCGCCAGUGGCCCCGCGGACGAAGACCGCCUUCCCGGAGCGAAGCCCCAGGACGAACCGGACGCAGGCCUGGCCCGAGGAGGAGAAGGAGGCCAAGUUCACGGCCGUCUGGCGGUGA